CCACGCAUUGACAGGCGGCAUCCCGCGUGUCACGUGACCCGGGAAGCGCCAGCGCGAGGCGUGUUGGCGGUUCACGGAUGUUUCUGGUACAGAAUACCGGCGCUAGCGAGCACACGCACGCCGAGCAAGCGGCCGCCUUUCUUUUCGCAUUUUGCGGUGAAUAACCGCCCGUGGAUGUGACUUUUUUUUUCAGCGGCAGGACGAGACUGGAGGCGCCGCCGGGUGGGGGGGGCUUUCUUUAUUCUCUUCUUUUUUCUUUAAACCGGCAUCGCUUCAUUGUUGUGGCUGCCAUUGUGGUGCGGUCCGGAUGAUUGAACGGGAGACCGAGCAAACACGUUUUACGUCGGCUUUUUUAAACACAACUUGAGAGGACGAGGGUGGGUCCACCCAAAGCAGGAUUACCUCUCUACCGCCUUUUGUGCCAACAGGCUGUUUCGGUCAAAGUUGAGACAACAUCCAUCUUUGUGUGCUAUUGUUUCGGAGGGGUUCACGGCCCGUGGACGAGGGGGACAAACCCCUACAAGAGCACAGGUUGUCCGGUUAUUCGAACACGGCGAUGGCCAACGACUCAAUACAAAGUGACCCGGGCGAGUUGUCUGUGCUGGAGCACCUCGGUCUGGAUCAGAACUCAGACUUCUCCGACUCUAGUGUGCAGCAGCUUCUGGAUGAGCAGCGUGAACGAAUUCGCCGAGAGAUCCGGAAAGAGUUGAAGAUUAAGGAGGGAGCGGAGAACCUACGCAGGGCGACCACAGACAAGAGGAACGCUCAGCAGGUGGACAGCCAGUUACGGUGCUCCAAUCGCAAGCUGGAUAACCUUCAUGCUCAGCUGCAGGAACUGGACGCUCACAUUGUGGUGAAGGGAGGAGAUGAUAAUAAAGAUGAAUGUCCUCAGUCUCCCGGGGCGGAGAGUCGAACGUCUGCACACAAGGAGCGCAUCGCUGCCCUGGAGAGGCAGCUCAACAUCGAGGUCAAAGUCAAACAAGGAGUUGAGAACAUGAUCCCCAUCUAUGCCAAUGGUUCCACCAAGGACAAAAAAAUGCUGCAGACCGCCCAACAGAUGCUUCAGGACAGUAAAACCAAAAUAGACAUCAUUCGCAUGCAAAUCCGCAAAGCUGUACAGGCCACUGAGCACAAUGAUGACACACAGGGUAACCACGACCUGUGUGGGGUGGAGCUGCGCAUUGAGGAGCUGAGGCACCACUACAGGGUGGAACACGCUGUCGCUGAAGGUGCCAAAAAUGUGAUUCGGCUUCUGGGGGCCACCAAGGUCCAGGAUAAAAAAGCUCUUUCUGAGGCACAGUCUCGGCUGAGUGAGGCCUCUCAGCGGUUGGACCUACUUAGGGACUCCCUGGACCAGCGCCUGGCUGAGCUGCCAGAGGACCACCCGAAGGCCAAUGUCAUCAAAGAGGAGAUGAUGCUGGCUUCUUCGCCAGCCUUCAGCUCCCGCCACGGCGCCCCCUACGUCCACAACCAGUACAGCACUCUCAACAAGCCUUCGCCUCUCACUGGUACCCUACAGGUACAGAUUUUGGGCUGCGUGGGGUUGUUGGAGGUGGUGCCAGGACGCAAUAAAGGAAAUGCUGUCCUGCUGCCCUGCUACAGCCCUGGCGACACGCGCUCGUUCAUGAGGGGCAGCAAGGGUCUGUACAGCCGAAGUGGCUCAGUCAGCGGGAAGACGCCGAGCAAGACAGAGGAGCUCUCCUCCGAGGUGAGCGCUGUGCUCAAGCUGGAUAACACAGUGGUUGGUCAGACAGCCUGGAAGACAGUUGGAGAGCAAGCUUGGGACCAGACCUUCACUGUGGAGCUAGAAAGGUCAAGGGAGAUGGAGAUUGCCGUGUACUGGAAGGACUAUCGCUCAGUGUGUGCUCUCAAGUACUUGAAGCUGGAAGAGUUCCUGGACAACCAGAAGCACAGAGUUCAGCUGGAGCUGGAACCACAGGGCCUGCUUUUAGCUGAGGUGACCUUCUUUAACCCAGUUAUCGAGAGAGUUCCUCGUCUCCAGAGGCAGAAGAAGAUCUUCUCUAAGCAACAAGGCAAGGCCUUCCUUCGAGCUCGCCAGAUGAAUGUUGAUAUCGGGACGUGGGUGAGGCUUCUUCGAAACGCCAUUCCUACUGUCAAUAACUCUGGAAACUACAGUCCAAACGCACACAGCCUGCCACUCAACACUGGGGACAUCUCGAUGGAGAAGUUAAGUCUGGAUAGCGACUCACCGGUUAAAGGCGAUUACAAGAGAGACACAGAAGCACACACCCCGGACCAACUGCCAGGCAUCGAGCCCUUUACCCUCUCAGACCUCACCCCAGAGUGCCCUGUCCGAACCCCGUCUGUCAGCAGUAAGCAGAGGAAAGGCCCUUUGUCGCUCCAAGACUUCCGGCUGAUUGCUGUGUUAGGCCGAGGCCAUUUCGGCAAGGUUUUGUUAUCCGAAUACAAGAAGACGGGCACCAUGUUCGCCAUUAAAGCUUUGAAGAAAGGAGAUAUUAUAGCUCGCGAUGAAGUCGAAAGUCUAAUGUGUGAAAAACGGAUCUUUGAGAUCGUCAACCUGUCACACCAUCCCUUCCUGGUCAACCUCUUUGCGUGCUUCCAGACGGCAGAGCAUGUGUGUUUCGUCAUGGAGUACACGGCAGGAGGAGACCUGAUGAUGCACAUACACACAGAUGUCUUCACUGAGCCUCGAGCUGUGUUUUAUGCUGCUUGUGUAGUUCUUGGACUUCAGUUCCUCCACGAUCAUAAGAUUGUGUACAGAGAUCUAAAGCUCGACAACCUUCUGCUCGACACAGAUGGUUACGUGAAGAUUGCUGACUUUGGAUUGUGUAAAGAAGGCAUGGGCUUUGGGGACCGCACCAGCACCUUCUGUGGAACGCCAGAGUUUUUGGCCCCUGAGGUUCUAACGGAUACAUCCUACACCAGGGCAGUAGACUGGUGGGGCCUUGGCGUACUUAUCUAUGAGAUGUUGGUGGGAGAGUCUCCUUUCCCUGGGGAUGAUGAAGAGGAGGUGUUUGACAGCAUUGUGAAUGAUGAAGUCCGCUACCCGCGAUUCCUCUCAACUGAGGCCAUUGGUAUCAUGAGACGGCUGCUGAGGAGAAACCCAGAGAGGCGAUUGGGCUCUGGCGAGAAGGAUGCAGAGGAGGUGAAGAAGCAGCCAUUUUUCAGAAACGUGGACUGGGAAGCGCUGCUCCAAAGGAAGGUGCCGCCUCCCUUCGUCCCCUCCAUCGGCGGAAAGGAGGACGUCAGUAACUUCGACGAGGAGUUCACCACAGAGCAGCCCGCGCUCACGCCUCCACGAGAGCCUCGCGUGCUCACACGCAAGGACCAGGACAGUUUCCUGGACUUUGACUACGUCUCUGACCUCUGCUAGUAGUGGACUUUUUCCUCUUUUUGGCUUUGCCGGGAAUGUUACGUACUGAAAUGCCUCACAAACGAUUUUGUGUGCGCGCCACGGUUCCGUAUGAUUGUUUUAAUACACUGUGAAUGAAUGUGGAAGACACUGAAGUUAGUUUUCUGUGUUUGCAUGCUUUUAAAAGAUGCAGUCUGAAGGAUAAUCUGGUAAAUUAUUGGAGGGACAGUUCGGUGAGAGGAGCUCGCCGUCUCUGUACUGUCGACGGUUGGAGGUCGCUCACUGCCUCUUGUAUCGAUGCCUUAUAUUUGUACUCGUAUCAGACCAAUGGACAAAAACAAUGUUUUUAUGUUGUAAUUUUACAUAGAGCAGACGGAAGAGUGACAAGUCAAGAGCUGCACACAUACUCUCCACUGUUCUUUUUAAAGAAAGAAAAGAUGACCUGUAGAGUGAAUUACUCUCAUGAUGCUGAUGUGACACAGAGAUGGAGUUGACCACAGGGUAAACGACCACUGUCUUACAUAACGGCAAUUGCUUCUUAUUUAUGCUGUAUGGAUUUUGACAAUGUGACAGUUUUACAGCAGUACUUUACAAACUAGACUUUCGACAACCCCGCACAGUUGGAUACAUUAUGAUUGCAAUACAUAAAGUGUGCACUGUUAGUUCAUACAACACACACACACCACAAAUAUCAGCACAACAGCUCUGUGGUCUGUAAGUAUUGUUUUUGUUUUGUCAUUAAAAAAAACACUUGAGACUUGGA